AUGCAGCCAGAAAGAGUCAGUCGCCCCACAGGCCUGGACCUGCCGCCCCUGCCUCUUCCCCGGGAGCUGCGACAGCUGCAGGUGUGGGAGCGCCCCGUGGCCUUGGAGGCUGAGCUGGCCCUGACGCUGAAGGUCCUGGGGACCGUGGCCAAUGGGUCCCAGGGGGACAUCCUGCACCAGCCCCUUCACACGCUGCGCCACAUCCACUCCGAGCUCUGGGCAUGUCACCCUCCUCUGCCCCCAGCAGGCCCCCAGACCCGAGGCCACCUCCACCACUGGCUUCCCUGGCUCCACAAGGCCCCGAAGAAGUCCCUCAGCUGCCUGGAGGCCUCUGUCAUGUUCAACCUCUUCUACCUCCUCAUCUGGGACCUGAAAGGUGUCACCAGUGAAGACCCUUGUGUCUGA